GUUUUUCUUGUAUUUUCUCUGUUUCUUCCUCUUUCUUAUCAAUUUCAUAACAGCAGCCAAAUAAAAUCAGAAGUUUUUUAUUUUCAUUUGAAACUACAAAAAUGUUAAGACAUCUACCCAAAUCUCCUGUAAGGUUGGCCACUUGCAAUUUGAUAAAGUGUUGCAACUCCUCAAAUGCUGCUGCUGCUGAUGCCAGCACCAAUAAAAUCGAAGAAAUACGUGAACGUUUAACUAAGGGACCCAGUUUCCAAGAUUUUGUACAAAAUCCAGAAAACAGCAAAGAAGAAUGGGUGGAAUUUGAGGGUAAACUGAGACGUGAAAAGGGUGAAAAUGAAAGAUUGAGAUUACCACCCUGGCUGAAGACCACCAUACCAAUGGGCAAGAAUUAUGCCAAAAUUAAGACACAAUUAAGAGAACUGAAAUUGGCCACGGUAUGCGAGGAGGCUAGAUGUCCAAAUAUAGGAGAAUGUUGGGGUGGUGGAGAGCAUGGCACCCAAACAGCCACCAUAAUGUUAAUGGGGGAUACUUGUACGCGUGGUUGUCGUUUUUGUUCGGUGAAAACAGCCAGAGCACCACCUCCACUAGAUGCCGCAGAGCCUGUAAAUACAGCCAAGGCCAUAGCCUCCUGGGGUUUGGAUUAUAUAGUGCUGACCUCGGUAGAUAGAGAUGAUUUACCAGAUGGCGGCUCUAAACAUAUAGCAGAGACAGUAAGGGAAAUUAAAAAACGCAAUCCCAAUAUAUUUGUGGAAUGUUUGGUGCCCGAUUUCCGUGGUGAUUUCAAUUGUGUGGAAACCAUAGCAAAAUCUGGUCUUGAUGUUUAUGCCCACAAUAUUGAGACCGUGGAGAAAUUAACACCCUUUGUGCGUGAUAGACGUGCCCAUUAUCGCCAGACCUUAAAGGUUCUGAAGGAGGCAAAACGUUUUAAUCCCAAAAUUAUUACCAAAAGUUCAAUAAUGUUGGGUUUGGGUGAAACUGAUGCUGAAGUGGAACAAACCAUGAGGGAUUUGCGAGAAGCCGAUGUAGAAUGCUUGACUUUGGGUCAAUAUAUGCAGCCUACCAAAAAACAUCUCAAAGUUAUUGAAUAUGUGACACCGGAAAAGUUUAAACAUUGGGAGGAGAGAGGCAAUGAAUUGGGUUUCCUGUACACAGCCAGUGGCCCCUUAGUAAGAAGCUCUUAUAAGGCGGGAGAAUUCCUUAUAACAAGUAUAUUGAAAAAUCGCAAGGCAAGGGAAGAUCAAUUAAAAAAUAAAACUUUGGAAUAAUCGACAAACAGAAA